AUGACAACAACAUAUACUUCACAUUCUCCAGCAGCAUUAGCAGCAUCAUCAAGGAGAUUUGUUUAUCAUCAACAUCAGCAUCUUAAUUCAAACCAACGACGAUAUCACCGAAUCCAUCCGUCAGUUUUGAAUUCUAAUCUCACUUCUACUACAAUCGGUACCACAAGUAUAUCACCUUUAUCAGUACAACAUAUUGUGAACAGUACUGCUGCUACAGACACAGUACCUUCUAUAAUUGAUAUUAUAACAUCAACAGUACCCUUUGAUAGUAUAGUUGUACAAAGUUUAGCAGUCGCAACAGCAACCAACAGUACUAUUUGUAGGCCAUCAUCCUCGGAUUGUGGUGGCUCUUCGUCUGGUCUCGGUGGUAUGACAAAAACUGAUAUUAUAUCAUCAGACGAAUCAUCGCUAGCCAGAUUCAUAAUAUUUUAA